CACUGAGCAGGCGGGAGAAGCCCGGCUCGGUUCAGCGGGAGGCAGAAGCAGUACUGCCUGCGAGGAGCUCUAGCACAGCACAGACGCCUGCUGGCUGGCGGAACAGUAAUUUAGCAGUUUCCUUUUGGUCAUGGACCAGUAUGAAGAUGUGUCUGACUGUGAAGUAGAUCACUCUUUCUUUGAUAGUGAUUUUGAAGAAGAAGUGAAGAAAGAUGGGAUGACUGUAAAAAUAGACAAGAAAAAUGGUGAGCACACACAAAAAGAAGAUACAGGUGCAGAUAACCCUGAGUUGAAAAUGGAACCAAAAAUAGUAGAUGGCUAUUGCACUGAGGAAGCAAGGCAAGAGAAUGAGACAGACUCUGAGAAGGCGCACGCUUUAGAGAAUGGUGCUUAUCAUCCGGAGAAUGCUGCAUCAUUGUUAGUUCCUUUAAAUUCAGGCAACACAAGUACAUCUGGUAGAAUCACAGCUCAAAGUGAAAGAACACAUGAAGAAAAUAUUCCAGCAGUGGCUCCUCAAAUAUCUAAAGGAUGUGAUGAAAAUUACUAUACAGAUGAAGAAGACAGCAGUGAUGAUAGUAGAAACCAGAGGGCUAGACUUAAGUUGUCUAAGCAUGCUAAUAAUGCAAAAGUUCACAGAAAUGCUGCCGCUAGUUCCUCUUCCUCAUCUUCCCCUUCCUGUAGUUCUGAUACAGAUUGUUCAGACAUAGAUUCUGAUGGUUGCUUGUCAGACUCAUCAUGCUCUUCUUCAAAAAAUAAAAACCUGCGUACCUUGGUGCCUCUUUCUCCAAGACCAAAAUCUAGUCCAGGGGUAAAGUCAGGGGAAAUAAAACCAAAGCUGGUUGACUGUGCAGAAGAGUCUGAAGAUACAGUGACUGACGUAACCCCUUUGUCAACACCAGACAUCAGCCCCAUCCAGUCUUUUGAACUUGCAGCAUCCAACGAUAAGAAGCUAAAGGUUAAAAGACAAGAAAAUGUGAGCCAAGACUUAAAUGAACCUGACUUGGAUCACAGAUGUCAGCAAAAGGUCCUGCAUGAAGCUAUGGAUUUGAAUAAUCUUUUGAAAGCUUUUCUUCAUCUGGAGAAAAAGGAACAGCAGAAGCUGGUCUUGAAUCAGUCCUCCAUAGGGUCGAGGAAAAACUACUCUUUCACAAAUGAAGAAGUGCGGCAAAUUGAUCAGGAAAACCAAAGGCUCUUAAAAGAAUUGACAAAACAUUCUACAAAGCCCAGAAGCAAAAGUGCCUCACUGAAGAACUCUUCAGGCCCAACAGCCAAGAUGUACCACAGUGCCAUCAACAGGCAGAGAGAACAGCAAAGGAUUGACAGGGAGAAUCUGGCCUUUUUGAAGAGACUUGAAGCAGUGAAACCAACAGCUGGUAUGAGGCGCUCAGAACAGCUCAUGGAUUAUCAACGGCAGAUGAGCUACCUUAGUGCAUCUGCUCCCACUCCAAGACGAGGAAAGUCUGCUUUAAGCCACCAUAGUCCGUCUCGAGGUGCUUCUCGAGCCUCCAGUCACAGUGCAUCCAGUACAGCUAGCCGAAGGAGUGAAAGACCCAUCUUUGACUCCUCCAGUGGUGCCCUGCAGCAACUGAAUCCAAGUAACAUCCGUGGUGCCUGGCUAUAAAUCAUUUGUACCUCACCAACAGAUUUCUAAUUCCAAUGUUUUUGCAGAUUGCUGUAAUUCUGUGCAAGAGUGUUGUAAUAUUCCUUGUUGAUAAUUAAAGGACCCUUGAAAGUGAUAUUAACUGCAGAUGAACGUAAUAUUGAAAGGUGUGUUUGUUUCUGAAUAGGCAGAAUCUCUGCUAUAUUUGCUGGUCAGUACCUUCCCAGUCAGUAUUGCCUCUUAACAAGAUAUAUUUGUACAAGAAUAGUGGUGACACUGUAAAUCUUAUUUAUAUUCUUCAGAACUCAAAUGGAUUUCAGAUUUGAUAACUAGAGCAUUGAUUUGCUGUACUUUUGGACGAGUGUAAAAAAUGUGCUUUUCAUUUUAAAUUUUACAAUAAAGGUGUGUUCCUAAAUCUUGAUUUUCUAAUUCCUAAACUUGAUUUCUUACAAUUUAGCUGGUAAUAUUUUUAAUUGAGUAUAUUUAUUCAAAGUCUUUCAACAUGAAUUACACUAUUGAUGUUUAGUAUAUUAAUUUAUAAGUUCUUAUAGAAAUGGGGGACAGAUCAUAUGUCAUUCAAUUCAACUCCAUUACUUAUUAGUGAAUGUUGGAAUAGUGAAUAUAAGUUGCAGUCCAUUAAAUUAACUUGUGUAUCAUAACUAAUGUACUGAGUUUUAUCUAUUGUUUAUCUAUAAUAACUUACCAAACUUUUCUUAAUUAAACAAAGCUUUCCCUCUUUUGGAUUAAAUUCAGAACUUUGACAAAGCUUGUCUUAAGCAGUAAAAAUUUAGACAACAGUGUGGAAAACAGUGAUCUCUGUGAACUAGAGCUCUUUUGUCAAUCAUGUAAUGUGACCUUUGGAUAGUUCUGCUAGUGUAAUAUAUUUGAGCAAUUAUACUGAUGGAAUUGUUCUUGUUUCUUAAAGGGGUACAAAUGAAGAGCAAUUUUGUGGAUGCACUUUUAACUGUAAGCACUUUUCAAUAUUCCCAUGACAGUUCCCCCCCCCCCUUGAUAAAACCCACCAUGUGUGCUAGUUUAAAUAGCAUCCUAAUGUUAUAUCUGAUUGGUUACGGAAGACUUUUAAUUUGUAUGUCUUUCUUUAAACCCUAAGUAAAAUUAUUGAAUUAUA